UUUGGCCUGCAAUGAGCUCUGUUUUGUUACAUGAGAAAAAUCGCCAAAAAAAAAAUUUUUUUUAUUAAAAUUUUUGUUUAAACAACUUAACAAUAUUCUUUUUCGUCCAGAUUUCGUUAGUCGUAUAAAUUAUUAUGAGUGACCUAGCCAAGCUGAAAACUCAAAUCGUAUCCCGAUUUAACAUUAGCGGGUUCCAAAUUCGAAGCGAGGCAAGUAUUUUCCUAGCUCAACAAAUCACAUCACUAUCGGGUGCGGAUCAGAAACGAUGGAUACAGAACAUUGCCAAUCACGUCCAGGGACAAAGCCUUGAGCUGCCUGUCGUGGAGAAGAAACACAUCGAACUGGCAAUCAAAGAUGCAAACAACACCGGCCUUGAGGACAAUGAGUCUGUGUUUGCAGUGAUAAAUGCGUAUGACGUUCCUAAGUUCCGUUACUGCGAAGAUAAGCGAAAGUUUAUUCCGGCAAGUGGAUCACGCGGAUUACUUCCCGGACCGGAUGUCAAAUCGGAGUACAUUCGCGAUAGAUACCUGAUGCUAUGGCAGAAAACCAGUCGUCAUGAAAUGUUCAACACUAGUAAAAUUUGCCUUAACAAUAAUGUAAAACGUUUGGCACUGAGGAAAAUCGAGACACUGUUAUCGAGCUCCAAAAUGAAUGAUGUAGUAAUUUUAGGACUAUUGACCCAGCUGACCGAAGGCAAAUUUUACUUAGAAGAUCCGACCGGAGUUGUUCCGAUAGAUAUAAGCGAGACAGCGUUUUCGUCCGGGCUUUUUUGCGAAGGAUGCUUCGUUUUGGCAUGUGGAAAGUUUCGUGAUGGAAUAUUGAAAAUCGAUGAGAUGGGAUUCCCCGUAACCGAGCUGGCCUCGAGCAGUCGGGCGUUUUUCGGUACGGUUAACACCUGGGGUGGCCGUUCCAAGAGUCUUCUGAAGUAUUCGCGCAAUCUUGCAGAAUUGGAGAAAAACAAUAGUGGCGAUAGCUUAGUGUUUUUGGCCGACUGUUGGUUGGAUAAUCCGGUUGUGCUGGAGAAGUUAAAAAUGCUACUGCAGGGGUAUAAUGAGUACCCACCGGUGGCCAUCGUUUUGAUGGGACCGUUCGCCAAGUUAAAUGAAAAUGUGUACUCAUUGAAGGGUCGUUUUCAGGCGCUAGGUGAUAUUCUGUCCGGUUGUGAACGUCUGAAAAUGGAAACUGAUGUGGUUUUGGUGCCAUCAUGUGAUGAUCCCGCAGCGGCUAAUAUCUUACCACGGCCACCUCUUCCCGAAUGUUUGGUAGGUGACUUGAAAAAGCGAUACCCACGUAUUGUACUAGCAACCAAUCCAUGUCGGUUGCAGUACUGCACACAGCAGAUCGUGGUCUUUCGAGCAGACUUGGUGACGAAAUUGUGUCGUAAUACGAUACACUUUCCCAAGAGCGGCCAACUGGAAGAUCAUUUCGCCCGAACACUCAUCAGUCAGGGAACGUUGGUUCCACUGAAUCCGAUAGUACUUCCCGUACACUGGAACUACGACUUAGCGCUGUCACUGUACCCACUGCCGGAUUUGAUUGUUGUCGGAGAUCCCUGUCAGGCCUUUCAGACCACCGAGCAGGAAUGUACCGUAAUGAAUACGGGCUCGUUUCCAAAAUCCAAGUAUGCCUUCAAAGUGUAUAUUCCAUCUUCGCGGACCAUCGAAGAUUCACAAAUUCCGGAUGAUUGAAACAGGUUUUUUAAAGAAUUAGAUUAUCACUUAUUAUGAAAAGGACGGGUUAUCA